AUGGAUACAAGGCAAAAUGGAGAUAAUUUCCAUCUCAACAGGUCAAGAGGCACACGAAAAUCCAUGAGGUGUAGCACAAUGAAAAAUAUAUCAACCCCUGGUCAAGGAAAGUUUUCCAUAGUUCACGACCGAAUCCAUAAGGAGGAUCAUACUGCAGGCACUAGAAGAAGGAGAAGACAGAUCGGAAGUGCUAGACCCAAAAGAAAAGCUGCUGACAGGUUGCUGGACUGUGAAGGUGAAGCGCCUCCUGCAAAAGAAAGCAGGAAAUCUGACUAUCUGCAGACUCCACCACGAAUUUCUGUAAAAUAUGUGGAGGAUGUGGAAUCAAUUUUAGUAUAUGGCACUGAUCAAGAUAUCAUACUUGAACUCACAAAAUCCAGAGCCUCUUCAGUUUCACAGUUAAUCUUUCACAUCAGUGGUCCAGCAGGCUCUUCAUAUAGCCCUAAUCUUAACAUUCUGCCUCAAAUUGAUCAACAACUUGAAGUAACUUUAAAAGAUGCCAACUUCAAUUACACGCAAAAGAAUUAUUCAGCUGCAGCAAAUGGAUUCAAAGCAGCACUACAGCUUUGUACAAGAGGAGUUGUGAUGAAAACACCUUUUGAUGCAGAUUAUGAAGAUGUUUCAAAGGUUUCCAGCUUCAUUGAAUCAAAACUUGUUGCCUCCUACCUGCAAAUGAAAAGGCCUGAUUUGGCACUUGAUCACUCCCACAGGAGCAUACAUCUAAAUCCAGUCAAUUUCCAGAAUCAUCUUCGCCAAGCAGUUGUGUUUAAACAGCUUGAUCGCUUCUCUGAAGCUGCACGGAGUGCCAUGAUUGCUGACUACAUGUACUGGCUGACCGGAGGCAGCGAACAGCAUAUAAGCAAGCUCAUCAAAGUGUAUUGGCAGGCUAUGCUGGAAGAAGCCAUUAGUAGAACAGAAACAUUUUCUGUCAUGUACACACCAUGUACUGUAAAACUCUCAAAGGACAGGAUUGAAAGAGUCAAGGAGAUUUUUUCACAGCAACAUCCUUUUUAUACCUCCUACAUGUUUACAGAUCCUGACGUUGGUCAUUUUUUGCCACAGACCACAAAGUGGGAAAAGGCUUUCUCACAGCAAUAUGCCAUUAUAAUUGGAUUUAAAAAGUAUGAAGAUGGGUGCUUCCUAGAAAAGCUCUUAACCAGGAAAUGUCCAACUUUUGCAGGUAAAGGAUCCCCAUUUAGUCCAAUAACAUUGAAGGAAGCAGAAAACGCAAUGGAAACUUUGAGAAAGAAGAUUCUUCCUGUACUAGAUUUCAUUAAGUGCACCAAGUUAACUGUGGGAUUUGGUGCCGGGUCUGGAAUAAUAGAGAAGCUUCAGUAUGCCAGCUAUCUCUCACAACUUCAGGACAUAAAAGAGCAAUCACUAGUGAUCAAUCAAGUCCUAGGUGAGCUUGUUUGCACUCCCUAUCUACAAGACAUCAGCCAGGAAGAUGCUCAACAGGUGAAGUAA